AUGAGCGCCUCGUCGCGCGCGUCGGCGCCCUCGCCGUCAGACCCUGAACUGCGCUCGUCUCCCUCUUGCGAAACGUUUUCGUCUGCCUCGAGUUCCUCUCCCCUUCCGUCUUUCUCAGCGGCCGAUUCGUCGCCUCACUGGCCAUCCACCCCUCUAGGUCUUUCCGCCUUCGCCGAGGCCCGCGAGGCGCCGCCUGGUCUCCUUCCGCAGCCCGGCAGCCCUCCCACGCAGGCGCUCCUUGCGCCGUUGGCUCACUCCACGGCGCUGCCAGCGCCGUCGUCUGCCAUCCCCUCCCUCUCGUCCUUCUCAGCGUCUGCACUCGCGCCGCGCGUCUGGGGCCGGCAGGCCUACGCGCCGCUCACUCAGGAGGCCUGCGAGGAGACUGAGCCGCCCGCUGGUGCUGGAGGCGCGGCGAGCGGAGACGACGCGCAGACGACAGGCGACGCAGGCGCCGCAGAUCCCGACGAGGCGCUCGCGGCGUCUGGGCGUGCGUUCGGAGCGACGCCGCGCGGGAGCGCCUCGCGAGAGAGGCACGCGCGCUCUCCGCAGCAGCGGCAUUCGCGUCAUGCCCGCAGAGGGCUUGGCCGCGAACGCGCAGAGGAUUGGGGCGCCGCCAGACACCGCCUGACAGACAGCCGAGACGGCGGGGCGAGUGACAGAGGACUCUCCAGUCAGGACCGCAAGAAGGGAGACACCAUGAACUGGCGAAACAACCCGCCGUGCUCCAGCGCGGGCUACGAGGCCGCUGUCGAGGACGCGCCGCUCGUGACGAGUCUCUCCAGCCGGAGAGGACUCUGUGCGGAGGACGGAAAUUGCCUUCAGCAGUUUUGCGCGUGGCUCGGGCGGUUCUGCUGCGGCGUGACGCCGCAGUACCGCGAGCGGCUCCUCUACCUCGACGGCCGCACCGUGCCGCGGUAUUUCCCGAGUAAUGCCAUAAAAAACACGAAAUACAACUUCUUCACGUUCCUCCCCAUCGUCCUGCUCCAACAGUUCAAAUUUUUUUUCAAUUUCUUCUACCUCGCGGUCGCGCUCGCGCAGCUCGUGCCGCUGCUGCAAGUCGGGCCGCUCUUUACCUACCUGGCGCCGCUCGCCUUUGUUCAGUUCGUGACCAUCGCGAAGGAGGCCUAUGACGACUACAAACGCUACGUCCGCGACAAGGAGAUGAACGAGCAGGGCUACAAGCGCUUGACUCACGAAGGGCUGCAUGACGUGGCGGCGGCGCAGAUCGAAGUUGGUCACAUCAUCCAGAUCGAGGCAAAUCAGCGCGUGCCGGCGGACGUGGUGUUUCUUCGCACAACUGACAAGGCAGGCAGCUGCUUCAUCCGAACAGAUCAGCUCGACGGCGAAACUGACUGGAAACUGAGGCGCGCGGUUCAUUGCACGCAGCGGCUGAGCUCCGCGAGCGACCUGUGUCGCGCGUCGGGUUGGUGCCACGCAGAGGCGCCUCGGCAGGACAUCGACGAGUUUUUGGGGAGAUUCGUUCUCACACACGCCCCUGCGCUCGGCAGCGCGCCCACGCCACUCAGCGUCUUCUCCGGAGAGGACCCCGCAUGCUCUUCGUGCCUGAAUUCAGCCGGCGAGGCCGUGGAGAAGAAGCGAGGCAGCAAACGAGACGACGCAGAGCCGCUGACGAUCGCGUUGCACGACGGCAGCGGGCGCGAGGCCGAAGGUCAGCCUGUCGUCGAGGGCCUGACGCUGGACAACGUCCUCUGGGCGAACACCGUCGUCGCUUCGGGAUCCGUCCUCGGGCUCGCGAUCUACACUGGGAAAGAGACGCGUGCGGCGAUGAAUGCGUCGCAGCCGGCGAUGAAAGUGGGUCAGUUUGACUUGGAGGUGAACGUGAUGAGCAAGAUUCUGUUUGGCAUUCUCGCGCUUCUCGCGUUCGUCCUGGUUGCGCUCCGUCGCCUCGAGGGCAUUUGGCCAGUAUACUUCCUUCGCUUCGUGUUGCUGCUCUCCUCGAUCAUCCCCAUCUCGCUGCAAGUCAACCUGGUCAUGGCCAAGACGCUCUACAGCAUCUUCAUCAUGCGCGACAGAAAAAUGAAGGACACGCUCGUCCGCACUUCGACGCUGCCUGAGGAGCUCGGGCGAAUCGACUUCCUCUUCAGCGACAAGACAGGGACGUUGACGCAGAACGAGAUGCGUUUCAAGCGGCUGCACAUCGGGCGGGCGGUCUUCGCAGAGGAGGAGGUGGAAGAACUCAAGGCGUUUCUGAAGAAUUUCUACCUCUCGCGACCCUCCGGAGCGUCCUCUGCGGGCCCUGCGGCAGCCGCGGAAGGCGAGCGGAGAGACGGCCGUGACCGGGAGGGCGGGCGACGCGGCGAGAUCGCCUUCGCAGCUGUGGAGGCCGUUCGCGCGCUCAGCCUCUGCCAUAACGUGACGCCUGUCCAGGACAGCGACAAGCCGAUCACCUUCCAAGCCGCUUCGCCCGACGAGGUGGCACUUGUCACGUUCGCGCGAGACAUGGGCGUGAAGCUGGUUCACCGAGACGAGCACAGCAUCUUCCUCGAGGUGCCUGGCGGAGAGCGGCUCGAGUACACGGUGCUGACGUGUUUCCCGUUCAGCUCGGAGUCGAAGCGCAUGGGCAUCAUUCUCAGGGAGGUCGCGACACAGAGAAUCUUCUUCUUAGUCAAGGGCGCAGAGGCCGUGAUGAUUCCGCGCCUGCAGCCAAAGGGCUCACACUGGCUCCAGGAGGAGUGCGACAACUUCGCUCGCCAGGGCCUGCGAACGAUCGUAUUGGCGCAGAAGGAACUCGAGGAGGCCGAGUAUGAACUCUUUGCUUCGCGCUACGCGGCUGCGAGAGCCGCGAUGACGGAGCGUCAUGCGCGCUGUCGCCGCGAAAUUGAGCGCCUCGAACAGGACUUGAAGCUCCUCGGCUUGACGGGAGUCGAAGACAAGCUGCAGCACGACGUGCCUGCAACGCUCGAGUCUCUACGGCACGCAGGCGUGAAAGUCUGGAUGCUCACUGGCGACAAAGUCGAGACUGCAACGUGCAUUGCGGUCUCCGCCGGUCUGAAGGCGCGUCAACACUCGCUGACGAUUCUGUCGAGCCAGGAGAUCGUGACGCUCUCUCAGACGCAGGAGGCGCUCGAGCGGUUCGCCAUGGGGCCGAGCGAGAGCGUGUUGGUCGUGGACGGGCGCGUGCUGGGCUGCGCGCUGCAGCACUUUCCGCACUACUUCAUCCGCGUGGCCGCGCAGGCGCCAGCCGUCGUCUGCUGUCGCUGCUCGCCCACGCAGAAGGCCGACGUCGUGCGCCUCGUCAAGAAAUUUACGGGCCGCCGGACCUGCGCAGUCGGCGACGGCGGAAACGACGUCUCAAUGAUUCAGGCUGCCGACGUUGGCAUCGGCCUGGUCGGAAAGGAGGGCCGGCAGGCGUCGCUGGCGGCGGACUUCAGCAUCACGCAGUUUUCGUAUCUGCGUCGCUUGCUUCUUUGGCACGGACGAAACUCGUACCAGCGGAGUGCGAAGCUCGCGCAGUUCGUCAUUCACCGCGGCCUGAUCAUCGCCUUCAUUCAAGUCAUCUUCUCAGCCAUCUUCUACUUCAUUCCGCUUGCGAUUUUCCAGGGCUGGCUGCAAGUCGGCUACGCGACGUACUACACGAUGGCUCCGGUCUUCUCGCUGGUGCUGGACGAGGAGCUCCCCGAGAACGUCGUUUUCAUGUUUCCCGAGUUGUAUCAGACGCUCAAGAACGGGCGCGUCCUCAGCGUGAAAACCUUCUUCGGUUGGGUGUGGAAGUCGAUCUACCAGGCCGCUGUGGUUAUGAUGGGGGCGAUUGCGUUGUUCGAGAACUCCUUCAUGAACAUCGUAAGCAUCACCUUCACGGCGCUGAUCCUUGCCGAACUUCUCAACGUCGCCUCGGAGAUCCAGACUUGGCAUCCACUCAUGAUUGCCUCGGAGAUCUGCACCGUGACGAUCUACAUUUUCUCCAUGUUUAUUCUGAGAAGCUACUUUGACAUCGCGUUCAUCAUGACGCUCGCGUUCUGGGCGAAGGUCUCCGCCGUCACGCUAGUCUGCUGGGUCCCGAUUCAAGUGUUCAAGGCAGUGAAGAAGACGUUGCAGCCUCCGCAGCACGCGAAACUCGCUUCCUUGUGA